GUCAAACUCGUCAAGUCAUCCUCAGUCCUCGAUCCCUUGAACAAACACUGCGAAAAGACCACCAUGUUCACCAAGCCAGCCCCUCCCUCGAAGUCAGAUGGCAUCAUCAUCGUAGGAGCCGGAAUCUUUGGCCUGAGCACCGCAAUUCACCUUGCAGAACGAGGUUACACCAACGUAACAUUGCUCGACAAGAACCCCUACGAGAGCACACUCUACUCCUACCUCAACGGCUGCGACGCCGCCUCGGCCGAUAUAAACAAGAUCAUCCGCUCCGCCUAUGGCACGCAAACCAUAUACCAGAACCUAAGUCUCCAUGCUGUAGAGGCAUGGGAUGCGUGGAAUCAGGAGCUGCGUGACGGUGGCGCGGCUGUACCUCCAGGCAUGAGCUCCGAAGACGUGCUUUGGAUCAAUAACGGAGAUUUGUCGGUCACUGAUGCCGAUGUUCUCCCUGAAUUCGAGAGUUCAUCAAUAAAGAACAUGGAGAAGGCGGGAUAUGCUGAUACGCAACUCGUUAACAACAAUGAGGCACACUUGCGCUUGGCGGAGGAGAAAGGGUUCUCAGCAAGAAUGAACCCAUUUUAUAAGAAGCUGCUGGGUGUGAUGGACACAACUGGGGGUAUCGCAUUGGCGGACAAGGCUUGUCGCUUUGCGUUACAUAAGGCAAAGCGCUUGGGUGUCCAUCUUUUCUUGGACUCAAAUGCGGGGAAUGUGUUGUCUACCAUCCAAAGUCCGACAGGAAAGGUUGUCGGAGUGCGCACAGCCGAUGGAAAGAUUCACAACGCUGCUCUCGUCAUUGUUGCCUGCGGUGGGUGGACGCCAAGUCUUGUGCCAUCUCUUGAUGGAAUGGCCGAGACUACAGCUGGAUCGGUUGUCAUCUUCAAAAUUCCAGAGUCUUCUCCUCUCCGCCAGAGGUUUGCACCAGAUAACUUUCCAGCAUGGGCGUUCAAGAUUGGUGACGGACCUGAAGCCGGAUUGUAUGGAUUCCCCGUCGAUGAACACGGCCUUCUCAAGAUUGGUUACAGAGGAACAAAGUACACCAAUCCACGAGUCCAACCAGAUGGACAGGAGCGUAGUGUUCCGAUCACAAGGUGGUCGCAAGAUGAGCAGAUUCGUCAGAUUCCAGCCCAAGCUGUGAAAGUCAUUCGAAUGUUUACAAACGUGUAUCUUCCCGAGUUGGCAGAUCUUGACAUCUGGUUGACGAGACUGUGUUGGUAUACUGAUUCUUUCGAUAACCAAUACAUCAUCGAUCAUGUGCCCGGUCAGGAAGGAUUAAUGGUCGUCACGGCGGGAAGCGGGCAUGCAUUUAAGUUCCUACCAACUAUUGGAGGUUGGUCGUGGCAAUGGAGGUCAUUGAAAGAAGGAGAGGCACCAUUCAACAAGUUGAUGGAGGGGUCGAAAGGAAAGAGGGCGCUUCGAUAUGUCUCGAUGCUGUAA